GUCCGCUCUCAGCGUGACGAAAUCUAGAGACGACCCACCGAAUGAUUUACGCGAGAGAACGAUUAAAUUCGGUGUGGGAAAAAAAUUAUUUGAAGGGUUCGACUGAAUUUAUGUGCGGAGUAAACGAAAGAUUCUUACAAAUAUUCGGAUUCGUUGAAAGAAUCUUGAAACACGGAAACUGCCGGCAACACCGUUUGUUUACGUGAACUUGCGAUACCCAGUGCGCGUAUAAUCGCGGUUCCUCCUUAAAAUUAUUGGGUUACCCUCUCAUCUUUGAACUUACCGAUCUGCGUUCAUUAAUUUCUUCUCAGGGAUACUUCAUGCGUGUUCAAUGAUUAAAUGCCGUUCUCGUAGUUUCAUACCCGGACUUCGAGCGUUUUCUUGAUGGAUUGGACGCGGAAACUCAAACCGCCACCCUGAUUUUGACGAGGGAAUAUUUUAGAUCCCAUUUCUAGGCGGCAUUUUGAGACGAUGGAGAAAAUGGAAGACUCGUCACGGGACAGGAAGAGCGACCCGGGCGAAACGCACGCCUUCUGUAUCUUCUCAUUGCUGAUAUUCUUCCUGGUCCUCGGGAACCUAACCUUAACCCUGCUCAUCAUCAAAGUCCUGCGCAUCGGUUACGGGAUGGAGAGCAUCGAGAGCAACACCCUGGAGAACCUCCUCAAGUUCUACGGAGACGCUGACCUCGGCGAGCUCUACAAACCCGACGGGAAGCUCAGCGGCUUCAAGGACCUCCCGGUCGUCAUCGGGGGCACCGCCGGCUCGGUGGGCUUCGAGCUCAUCGACCACCACCACAAUCGCACCCCCGUCCAAAAUUUGAGGGUCGAAAAGAACGGUACGCACCUGAAAAACGUGACGAAUUUCGAGGUCGUCGAUCCCGCCACCGGGCGCCCGGUCUUCUCCACGAGUUUCCCCAAGUUCUUCCUGCCCCCCGGAAUGUCCAAGAUCGACGUCAACAUCGUCCACACGCGCAGGAUUGCCAGCCCGAUCAACACCACCCUCUAUCUCAGAUCCGAGUCGGUGACGCGUCUAAAAGGGAACGAGGGCACGCGCAUGCGCGGGAAAAGCGUCAUGUGGACGGCCGACGGCGAUAUAUUCGUCAAGAGCGUCAACGGGAGUUUGAUUCUGUCCGGGAAAAACGGGAUCAUCCUCGACCUGAAAUCCUUGCAUAUCGCUCAGAAUAAAUUCAACAAGACUGUCAGCACACAUUAUAAACUGUGUGUUUGUAUGCCUUCCGGCAAAGUUUUCCGGAUCCCCAUGACUCAACGCUAUAACAUGCAUUUAGCGUGCAACUACGUAGACCAGAUAAUCGGAAAAAGCCCCUGUUAAGUCCUAGCUAGGCAAGACUGUUGACAUUUUUUCAAACAUUUUAGGUGCGAUCAUUCGUCGUUCCCCGGACUACACUGUUAAAAAU